CAGAGGAAGGUUCACAGUAGUUCAAACACACGGCUGAAGGGAUGAGGACCACUUUUUUGGGUCAAAUCAACAAAUCGGAUCAUCUCACUCUUCCUCUCAGCCCCUUUGAAAAAUCACCACUUUGGUCCUACUUUCGGUAAUUAAAAAUGGAUCCCCCCACUACGACCCCACCGCCAUCCCCCCCCACACACGACGAUCCUACCACCCCCUCUUCUAUGGUAACCACCUCGCUGACCCCCUCCGAACAGGACGACCUCACAAUCAAACAGACCCAGGAAAUUGAACUCGAAAUAACAACCACCACGCCCCUCAUCACCCCCCACCCACUCCCCCUGGGUCCGACCCUCCUCCCGCUCUACACCUCCGACCCGAUUUACACCUCCAAAGUGCACACGAUCUGCAAGACCUUCACGAAAAUCAGGAGGACCCGGCCGGACGGGAACUGCUUCUACAGGGCCGUGCUUUUUAGGCUGUUUGAGGUGGGCUGCGAGGGGGAGGAGUUCCACAAGAAAUUGGAGGACAAGUGGAAGUCGUGGAAGGGGGUCUUGGUGGAAGCGGGGUAUACCCAGUUCACCGUGGAGGAUUUCUAUGACCACUUUGGGGAGUCCCUCUCCACCCUCACCACCUCAACCCCACCACUGGACCUCCCCUCUCUCUACUUCACCUCCCCCGCGACGUGCGACUACCUCACGGUCUUCCUCCGCAUCCUCACCGCUGCCGAACUCACUCGGAACUCUUCCUUUUACUCCAAUUUCCUCACCACGGCCCCCACGAUGGAGGAAUUCACCAAACUCGAAGUGGAACCCAUGGGGAAGGAGGCGGACCAUUUACAAAUCUCCGCACUGGCUGCGGUGUUAGGAGUGGGGAUCAAAAUCAUCUACAUGGACAGGGGGGAGGAUAGUGAGGAGCUCGUGGAGCACCUGUUUCCAGAGGGGGAGGGGGAAUAUCCUAUUGUUUUGCUUUAUAGGCCGGGGCACUAUGAUUUGAUUUAUUAACCUUUUCUAGUGGGUAAUAUUUCAAAAUUUUGGUAUGAAAAUGAUGGUUAAUAUUAACCUCUCGAGAUGGUAAAGUGAUUGUAAUACAAAAUUUUGUUUAAUAAAUUUUUCUCAUAAUAUAAAAAAAUA